GUCAUAAACAAAGAUUUUACCUGAUAGUGGCACUAGAUCACAAAUAAGCACUGGCAAUCCACCCAAUAGUUAUUGAGACAUUUCCCUAAAAAACUCAAAUGUAAACCUUAUGGUGGCACUACAGAAAAUGUCAGAGAGUCACCGAAGCUAUUGGAAUUCAUCCUCUGUGAGCCAUCAACGUCCAUCCAGUUGUUUGUUUGACUAAUCCCACCUCUAAAAACCCUUUAUAAAGCCUUAUUAGAAAGUGAUCCUGUCUCUAGGUUCACUGCAUUUCCUUUCUUGGACCACUUUUGAUAGGUACUGACCUCUGCAGACCGGGAACACCCCACAAGAGCUGCAGGUUUGGAGAUGCUCUGACCCAGUCGUCUAGCCAUCACAAUGUGUCCUUGUCAAAGUCGCUCAAAUCCUCACGCUGUCCAUUUUUCCUGCUUCUAAAACAUCAACUUGAGGACAAAAUGUUCACUUGCUGCCUAAUAUAUCCCACCCACUGACAGGUAUUUGAAGACUAUCUUUUAGAAGAAAAAUAAAUGGAUUUUCAUCUUGAAGUUUAAGCUUACCAUCAUGGAACGUAACUCAAGAGAAACUGCGGCCCCUGACAGCAGAGAAGAAACCCUAGUGGUUGAUGAGGAGAUGUUGAAUUCGAGGCAACAGAGUGACUUAAUGCACCAGUGUUUUCAGUAUGUCCAACAAAACCCAAGCUCCACCAACACACAACUGUUCUCAUUUUUGGUGCUGCUGAAUGGGUACAUUCCUGAGUCCUACCUCCUGAUGUCUGAGUGUCAAAAGAUCCUUGGACCACCUGAUCCCAUCCAUGGAGGCCCACCGUUUGAAGAAAGAAUGGAGCCAUUUACUCCCUUCAUCAACACAUCCAAUCCUGAACAUAUAUGCCUGACUGACCCAAAGUUUGCACUGAUAGCUGUGGACAAACUAGCUGGCUUAAGGAUUUCCAGGAGUACAACAGUGAAGAGUUUGAUGGUCUUACUUUGUGGAAAUCAGCCUCAACCACACACAAUCCAGUUCAUCAAAGAUAUACUGACAAAGAGAGAAUUGAGAGAAAGCGGUAAAGAUAAGUUCUCACGAUUGAUUGAAGAUAUAAUGGAUCAAGAGAAUUUCCACCAUGCUGUCUCUGUCCUGAAAACUGCAUCAGAUAAACUGAGACAGAAUCCCAUUUUCCCUCAAACCCUUUCACGUCUUUAUUACAUCCGAAGAAGUGACUAUCCAAGAGCUGAAGAAUGGGCAAAGAAAGCAAUUGAACGAGCUCCACAAAACUCUUAUGUGGCUGACGUUUUGGGGCAGAUUCAAAAGAACCAUUUAAUGAGAGCCACACGACUGGAGGAUAUCUUAAACAGGGCAGGAGAGGCCUUUAAAGCAUUUAAAGAUGUGGAGAGGAAAGCUGAAAAAGAAGAGAGCCCUGACAUGAGGGACACAGGAAGUACUGCAAGCAUUUCAAAUACCUUCAACAACAGAGGUCUUUUUGGCUUCAUUCAAGUGGCAAAGAUAGUCUUUGAGAAACUCAGAUCUUCAGAGGAACACAGGAACUUCAUCCAAACGUUAGAAAUGGGAGUUGAAGCCAAGUUUGACUUUUUUGAAUGGUACCUAACCUACUCCAAGCCUGACAUGACAACCUCAGAGCCAUGUUACUUCUGGAAGGACGUUGCACUGUGUUAUGAACACUACACAAGACGAACAGCGGCUGAAUCCAUCAGCUUCCCAGGACUUCUAGAUCGUCUGAAUCACGGCCUUUUCACGUCAAAAGGAAGACGUGCCGGGUUUGAGGAGACUGAAGUAACAGUGUCUGAUUUAGAGGCAAUCCAAGAUGUUUUGAAAACCACCUAUGAGGCAAAUGUUGAUGAUGUCAAAGCAGCGGAGAAGUACAUCCUCUCCAACAUCCUCUUGAGCAACAAGAUGCAUAACUCUCCUCAGCUCACCCCGGUGAAUGAACUCCAAGCAAUAAUACACAGAUUCUUGGGCACAGAAGUGGGGCGCAGACGCCCUGAGUUUUACCUUUUGGUUCUGCUGUUGUUUUGGCCUGAGGAACAGCCUCUGGUGUUGCAAGAAAAGGAUGAGGAGGAGGUGGAACAACAGGCCACAGAGGAUGACGGGUCAGAAGACACAACACAACAAACCUGGGAGGAUGAUGACAGGGACGAGGAACAAGACACAAGAGGAGAGACUUCACAACUAUCUCUUGACUUCGUGUUUGGUCCUGACCUGCAGCAGCAGGUCACGUUCAUGGAGCAAGCGUUUGAGAGAGCCAAGUAUGCCAAGUACCUUCGAGGUCGGUACCUUUUGCCUCUAUUUUUUCUAGGAAAGGGCUUUGGACUGAGCAAAUGGAUUCACAAAUCAAGGCUGGAUGCAAUCGUGGAAGAAAAAGUCACUGCUGAGCUAGCUGAUAGACAAGAGAAGAGAAUGAAGGAGAAAUGGAGGCUGAUCAAUGACAUGUGGGUCAAUGGGAAAGUAUGGCAAGUCCCAGAAAUCCAAGAUAUACUUCUCCCAGUCCGGGUAUGCUACUUAACCACGAUGCCACAGGAGAAUAAAGAACAAAGAGCGUUUGUUUGGGCUGGAGAGAAUAAAAUCUGUGCUGAAGAAGAGGUUGUACCUGAGGCUUCAGUGGAGAGCCCAAGGCUUUUCUAUCUUGGCUUCACCAUUCGGGGUCCUGUCAUCUUCAAAGUGAGAUUUCCUCCCACGUCUGGACAGUGAUUCACUAUUAACACCACAAUGAAGACACAACAAACAUUAGCUUGACAACAUUACAAUAUUUUACUUAAACAUAGACUAAAUGACAUUGACACCUGUGUAAGAAAAGUGUAAAAUCAACUUUAUGGCAACGUUUGAGGCUGUAGUUGAUUGUAUGUCCCACAAGAUUCAUUUAAUCAUUCUGUAUCAUUGAUUUUUGUGAAGGUGGAUGGGCAUAUGAAACAUUUUCUUUCAAAUUAGGUUGAAGUUUUUAGAUAUUUUUUACUCAACACAGCAUUCUUCUUCUUCUUCUUCUUCUUCCUAUUAUUAUUGUUAUCAUUACUAUUGUUUCACUAAAAUAUACUUUAAAUAAACUUAUAAAUAUAGAUAGGAGGUAAAAUUAUUGUAUCAGAUUGCAUUGGAUUUCCUGUAUCCUUUGAUUCAAAUGUAUUAUAUGUAUUCUAUUAUGAAAACGUUAUCAAAAAUAACGUUUGUAUUCGUUUUGGAAAUAAAAUCAAACUUGGAAUGAGA